GUUCUGAGACGAGCAGGAGGAAGUGGGGACCGACCAGUUGAGCUGCACCGGAGGCCGAGGAGCAAGGGGGGCGGGGGUCUCAAGUGACCCCCGGGAAACUCCGGUGUCCUGGAAGGAGCCCAGCGCCUACAUGAAAGGAGGGACGUGGUUGGAAGGUCGCCCCUACCUGAGCCGGGAACUCCAGCUACUGGGUCCGCAGCACUUCCCCCGCGUGCUGGCUGGGUGGCCGCGUCUACGCACGACCCAUGAGGAUCCGGAUGGCCGUGAGGUGGACCUGGGCAGGCAAGAGCUGCCUGCUGCUGGCGUUUUUAACACUGGCUUAUAUCCUGGUGGAGUUCUCCGUCUCCACUUUGUAUGCCUCCCCAGAAGCCGGCCAUGCCAAGGAGCUGGGGCCAAGGCGGCGCUCAGACAUUGAGACGGGGGAAGAGGAUUUGUCUCAGCCUCUUUAUAUAAAGCCCCCUGCAGAUUCCCAUGCUCUUGGAGAAUGGGGGAGGGCCAGCAAAUUGCAGCUCAAUGAGGGUGAACUGAAACAGCAAGAAGAACUCAUUGAGAGAUAUGCCAUUAAUAUUUACGUCAGUGACAGGAUCUCCCUGCACCGCCACAUAGAGGAUAAAAGAAUGCCCGAGUGUAAAGCCCAGACGUUCCACUACAGGUCGCUUCCCACCACCUCCGUUAUCAUCGCCUUCUACAACGAAGCCUGGUCCACUCUGCUUCGAACCAUUCACAGCGUUCUAGAAACGUCACCUGCGGUACUCUUGAAGGAGAUCAUCUUGGUCGAUGACUUGAGUGACAGAGUUUAUUUGAAGUCGCAACUCGAAACUUACAUCAGUAAUCUCGAUAGAGUGCGCCUGAUUAGAACGAAUAAGAGAGAGGGGCUGGUCCGGGCCCGCCUCAUUGGGGCCACUUUUGCCACUGGGGAUGUUCUCACGUUCCUGGAUUGCCACUGUGAGUGUAACACUGGUUGGUUGGAGCCACUUUUAGAAAGAAUUAGUAACGAUGAAACAGCAAUCGUAUGCCCUGUUAUUGAUACUAUCGAUUGGAAUACUUUUGAAUUCUACAUGCAGACUGGGGAGCCCAUGAUCGGUGGGUUUGACUGGCGCCUAACAUUUCAGUGGCAUUCUGUCCCCAAACAUGAACGGGACAGGCGAACAUCAAGAAUCGACCCCAUCCGGUCACCCACCAUGGCAGGAGGCCUGUUUGCCGUGAGCAAGAAGUAUUUUCAGUACCUGGGAACCUACGACACGGGCAUGGAAGUAUGGGGAGGGGAAAACCUUGAGCUGUCUUUCCGGGUUUGGCAGUGCGGCGGCAAACUGGAGAUCCACCCAUGUUCUCAUGUGGGCCACGUGUUCCCCAAGCGGGCGCCAUAUGCUCGCCCCAAUUUCCUACAGAAUACGGCGAGGGCUGCCGAAGUCUGGAUGGACGAAUACAAAGAGCAUUUCUAUAACCGAAACCCACCAGCUCGGAAAGAGGCCUAUGGCGAUAUUUCUGAAAGGAAGCUGCUGAGGGAGCGGCUGAAAUGCCAGAGCUUCGACUGGUAUUUGAAAAAUGUGUUUUCUAACUUACAUGUCCCUGAGGAUAGACCUGGCUGGCACGGAGCUAUUCGCAGCAUGGGCAUCUCUUCCGAGUGCUUAGACUAUAAUGCUCCUGACAGCAACCCGACAGGUGCUAACCUUUCCUUGUUUGGAUGCCACGGUCAAGGAGGCAAUCAAUUCUUUGAAUACACUUCCAACAAAGAAAUCCGAUUUAAUUCUGUGACUGAAUUAUGUGCGGAGGUCCCCGAACAAAAGACUCAUGUAGGGAUGCAAAACUGUCCCAAGGAUGGUCUCCCUACCCCUGUCAACAUCAUUUGGCUUUUUAAAGAAGACGGCACGAUUUUUCACCCUCACACAGGACUGUGCCUUACUGCUUUCCGGACAGCCGAAGGCCGACCCAGUGUGCAGAUGAAAACAUGUAACGCCCUUGAUAAAAACCAGCUCUGGCGUUUUGAGAAAUAGACAACAGCAGGAGACCAUCUUCUGUUUGGGAGCUGACAGUAGUAGCUCCUGGAAAGUCAGAGUGACCAGUGAUGAUUGUAUUCUUCCUAGAAGUCACCCAGAAGCUGGCCCUGAGAACACUGGCAAGCCACGGUUCAUGUGGUGACGUCCCUCUGAAGCUGGGUGCCCAGAGCAUCACUGCUCAAUCUUUCAAAGUGCCUUCUUUCCUCGGGGCUUGUUCUAUUUAAGAAGCUUUGUUUAUGUGGUCCCCUACUUCUCUUCAAAGAAGCUGCUGUGAAUUGAGAUGCACAAAACACUUAGGUGUGGGCUGUGGGUGUAGCUCAGCAGCGGGUGCAAGACCCUGCGCCGGACACACGGCGCCACAAAAUGCAUACUUGAGUGCAAGACUUAAUAUUAAAGAAUGUAAAAGCCCAAGCAAAAUGGGGUAUGAUUCAUGCUGAUUGGUAAAUUCAUUGCUUAGCCUUUUCUUUUUGUUGUUGUUUUUUUUUAUCAAAGCUUGUGAAUGUGUAAUUAGAGCUAUUACUGUUUUGAUUAUGUAGGGUUUGAAUUUCUUUUAGUCAGUUUGUUUGAGGUUUUUAGAAACGAAUUUGUCUUUGAUCAGAUAGAAGUAGAGGAAAUUUGAUCUUGAGAAAAAGGCCUGAGGUUGAUAUAUGUUUCAUUGGAAGAGGAGACUGGUCCGAAUGCAAGUUUGGAGGUUGUUUUUUUUUUUUUUUUUUUUUGACAGUUAUCUCAGAAACUUAGACUCUGGGCCAGAUGAGAUGCUGGGACAUUCACAUCCCGUGCUUUGUAAGCGUGAGCUAUUGGACCUGUGUAUUGAUACCUCGAUACCUCCCGUCGCUGGCUCUGCAGGCCGUCCACUCUGUGAAUGGGUCUGUGCGGUGUAGGGCAUCUUCUGACUACCCUUCCUUAGGCUGUGAGUGGACCAGAGUGGGGCUCAUUCAGAAUACUGCGCCUCCCUCUGUUAGCGCCUCACUUAAACAGGACUGGGGCCUCUCUGAGGUCAACCCCAAAUGUGCUCGCUGAAAUGGGUGAAACUGAAAGUGUCCCAGGCCUGCAAAGAGUGUUCAGCUCGCCUGACUUCUAGCUCACCAGGAAAUUUGGAGAAUUCUCUUAAGAUCGCAAGGGAAGAAAGACUGUGUUGGUAGUUGUCGGUUGCUGCCUGCCAGCUCACUGCUAACCCGUGGCAGCCUGGCAGCUCUCACAGCAGAAGGAUGGCCUUGAGUCAUUCAUCUUGCUGGGGCCUCAGAUUUCUUGUCUGAAUAGCCCGACUGGGUCUUGGAAAUUGACCCUUCCUAUAUACACACCUUCCUGUCCCCUACUCACCCACUGUGAUUUCAAGGAACACUUUUGUGUCUUUGCUUUUAACAUAGGUAGAGCUAGGCCUCUGAGCUGUGUUCAGUUUGGAAGACCGAGAAGUUUCCAUGAGCCGAGCUCACCUGAAGUGUGUUUCUCAGUGCAUGGGAUUGUAGUUAGUUUUAUAGUCAUUUUAUUUUGACAGUUGUUGAACUGAUUUUGUUUUUUAAAAGUUUUAAACUUUCCAAGUAAUUCUUUCACUAAGAAUAUGGAUGUUUCCCAAACUAAGUUAUUUCAGAAGUAAAUACAUCUUAAGACGUUUUUUGGUUCCUUACUAUCGUUUUAUCCAGAAGUCACAGGCCAGAUUUGGGAGCGAGUCCCAGUUCCUUGACUGUGGUAUGAAAAAACACGUGCUCCACAGUGAACCAGUCGUCAAGAACUCAUAAGAAGAUUGUUUUCAGUGUUCACUUGACAGUCUGGGCGGAGAAAGGGAGCCUUGUAAACCCUGAAUUGAUGCAAAUUGUUUCGGGUGACCAUGUCCGAAAUUAAAGUUUGUGUGUUCUUGUGA